UCUGCGUCUGCGCGCAGUUCGAACAAGUUGAGAAAGAGACCGUCAGAAAGCCAGAUAGCCAGAAAGACCAUCCAAGUGCAGUGCUCCAGGCGGCAACUAACAAAAACCCUAGAAGUCAGGGCCUAAGCCCAUUGUGCGGCGCUGCCAGCGUGUUUUUGUGUGAUAAAAAAAUAAAACUGCUCAAGAAUACUUGAAGACUUGACAGCACACGAGUUUUUGUCAACGUCGGGUCAUUGAACAAAUUUAGCAAGGCAUUUUCUAUAAGGAAUAAACAAUUAAUUGCAUAUUAAAAGCCUAAAAGGAAACCAGACACUCAACCAGCGGACUCUACGAUCUCUAUCGACAUGUCCGCCAGCUCCUCAGCCUGCGAUUGUUUGGUGGGCGUGCCCACUGGGCCCACCCUAGCCUCCACAUGUGGUGGUAGUGCCUUCAUGCUGUUCAUGGGACUCCUGGAGGUCUUUAUCCGCUCUCAGUGUGAUCUGGAGGAUCCCUGCGGAAGGGCCAGCACUCGGUUUCGAUCGGAGCCGGACUACGAGUACGAUUUCAUUGUCAUUGGCGGUGGCUCAGCGGGCUCUGUGGUGGCCUCUCGACUGUCCGAGGUUCCCCAAUGGAAGGUGCUUUUGAUUGAAGCCGGUGGCGAUGAACCUGUGGGAGCCCAGAUUCCAUCAAUGUUCCUCAACUUCAUUGGCAGCGACAUCGACUACCGCUACAACACGGAACCGGAGCAAAUGGCCUGUCUGUCCUCGAUGGAGCAGCGCUGCUACUGGCCGCGUGGCAAGGUACUUGGCGGAACCUCGGUAAUGAACGGAAUGAUGUAUAUCCGCGGCAACCGUGAGGACUAUGAUGAUUGGGCAGCACAAGGAAAUCCUGGUUGGGCCUACAACGACGUGCUCCCGUUCUUCAAAAAGUCUGAAGACAAUCUGGAACUGGAUGAUGUGGGCACGGAAUAUCACGCCAAGGGCGGCCUGUUGCCAGUGGGCAAGUUCCCAUACAACCCACCUCUAUCCUACGCCAUUCUGAAGGCCGGCGAGGAGUUGGGCUUCUCCGUGCAGGAUCUAAAUGGUCAGAACUCCACUGGUUUCAUGAUUGCCCAGAUGACUGCCCGAAAUGGCAUCAGAUAUAGCUCAGCUAGGGCUUUCCUGCGACCGGCUCGCAUGCGCAACAACCUGCAUAUCCUGCUUAACACCACGGCCACCAAGAUACUUAUCCAUCCGCACACGAAGAAUGUUCUGGGGGUGGAAGUCAGUGACCAAUUCGGAAGCAUGCGUAAAAUUCUGGUGAAGAAGGAGGUGGUUUUAAGUGCCGGCGCUGUGAACUCUCCUCAGAUCCUGCUACUAAGUGGAGUGGGUCCCAAGGACGAACUGCAGCAGGUGAAUGUGAGGAGCGUGCACAAUCUUCCAGGCGUGGGAAAGAAUCUGCACAAUCACGUGGCCUAUUUCACCAACUUCUUCAUUGACGAUGCGGACACGGCGCCACUUAACUGGGCCACGGCUAUGGAGUACUUGCUCUUCCGGGAUGGUCUCAUGUCCGGCACUGGCAUAUCGGAUGUGACCGGAAAACUGUCCACUCGCUGGGCCGACAGGCCCGACCUGCCCGAUCUCCAGUUGUACUUUGGCGGCUAUCUGGCCAGUUGUGCCCGCACAGGACAGGUGGGUGAGCUGCUCUCGAAUAACUCUCGGUCCAUCCAGAUCUUCCCAGCAGUUUUGAACCCUCGAUCGCGAGGGUUUAUUGGCUUGCGAUCUGCUGAUCCUCUAGAGCCGCCGCGUAUUGUGGCCAAUUACCUAACAGACGAGCGGGAUGUGAAGACACUGGUGGAGGGCAUUAAGUUCGCCAUCCGACUGUCGCAGACGUCGCCGAUGAAGCAGUACGGCAUGCGGCUAGACAAGACAGUGGUCAAGGGAUGCGAGGCACCCGCCUUCGGCAGCGAUGCCUACUGGGAGUGCGCCGUGAGGCAGAAUACGGGUCCGGAGAACCACCAGGCUGGCUCCUGCAAAAUGGGUCCCAGCCACGACCCCAUGGCGGUGGUCAACCACGAGUUGCGGGUCCACGGAAUUCGCGGACUCCGAGUCAUGGACACCAGCAUAAUGCCCAAGGUCACCGCAGGCAACACCCAUGCUCCUGCCGUGAUGAUCGCCGAAAAGGGCGCCUAUCUGCUGAAGAGGGCCUGGGGCGCCAAGGUCUGACGCGUGGAUGCGACGUGGACGUUGCAUAGAGUAAUUUAAUCAGAAUCCAAGCGAAAAUUACUGCGAGUAAAAUUGUAAGCGAAAUUACACUUAUGGCCCCUCAGAUCCAAAACUCAACUAUUUUACCCUAAUCUAAUUUAAUACGAUCCUGUACGAAGGUUUCUCACUCUACGCACACCGCGUUGCGCAAUCUCCAUCCAAGUUAUCUAUAAGUUAACAGGCUCCCUUAAAACUAACAACUGUGACCCACUGAAUAUACCGUCAAUCUUUUUCAACAGCACAUUAAGCUUGAAUUAACGAGAAAUGAAACUUAAUAGGAUUAUACAACUUGGUAUCUAGUAGGUUUACUGCAACCCAAAGUUUUUAAGUAUUCCAUUAAUUGUGUUUAUUUGCAAAACAUUAAUGACAGCUGAAGUUAAAGAAGUUUGACUAUGUUAAUUUUGAUUAAUGUUCAAUUUGUAAUGAGCUUUAUGCUGACCAAUCACUACACUUAAACUAUCGUUUUCGACCUACUGAACUACAUUUAACGUAUAUAAUUCGUGUGACUUAUUGACAAUGUAAAGCUCGUUAAUCGUUUACUUUGCAAUUGGACGGAUGAUUGAUGUCCUAUAUUUCUGUAUACACGUAUAUUGCAUGUAUUUAUUGUUCAAUUAAAGUGCAACAAUUUAGUUUAA